GAAGCGGACAUCGCAAGCUCUCACGACAAAUACAGCGAUGCGUAUUUUGAUGCCGUCGAGGACUUUACACAGCUCAAGGAAAUGUCGAGCAAGAAGAUCAAUAUUGAAAAGGCUAAAGAGAAGAUGGAAAAGGAAGCAGAAGCAAAAAUGGCAGCAUCUGGUACAGCUACUCCUUCACAGGCUGAGGAUGACAUCGAUCUCGGAAAUCAAGGUCUUAGAUCCGGCCUACGAGAUUUUGAGAUAGUCAACGAUAGAAGCGAAAUAAAGUCUCAUGGGGAACUUGAAUCGUUCGUCAAAACAUUGAACGAAGAUCAAAAAAGAGUGUACGUCAAAGUCACCAAACAUAUUGAGCAUAUGGUUCGACACAGGGACAAAGAAUGCACGGGUAAGGAGUGCAGUCGACCUCUCAAUUUAUAUGUAAGUGGGUUUGGCGGAACAGGAAAAUCUUAUUUGAUAAAAGCUCUUCAAGGGUAUCUUUGGGUGCAAAAAAACCUCUUCGAUGAAUCAACUGAUAUUGCGUUGACUGCACCAACGGGGCUUGCUGCAGCAAAUGUGGGAGGACAAACGCUCAUAGUCUUUUUAGUUUGCCAGUUGAGCAUGGUGAAAAACUGCCCAAGUAUACCGCACUCAAGAAGAAUUCGAUGCAGCAAACAAGGACUGUACUCAAAGACUUAGCAUUGCUUGUUAUCGAUGAGAUUAGCAUGGUGUCGGCAGAGAUGUUGAUGUCAAUAAACUUAAGAUUGCAAGAGAUCUUCGGUGCUGAUGAUUUGUUCGGCGGAAAAACCGUUGUUGUCUUUGGAGAUCUUCUACAGUUGCCGCCUGUUCAUGGCAAACGGCCAUUUCAGGAUUUGUCUGGGGAUGAUGUCCAUAAGUUAACUGGAGGCCUUAGAAUCCCGAGUCACCUUUGGGAGAACUUUGAGUUUGAUGAACUCACUAUAAAUCAACGGCAACAUGGAGAUGCUAACGAAAAAUGGAGUGGUAUGCUUGGCAGGAUUCGUAUUGGCCGUCAGAGUCUAGAAGACAUUAACAUUCUGCAAGAGCGGCUUAUCCCAGUCAGACCAUGCGAACUGCCUAGCCAACACUUGGAUCAAAUCGUUGAUUACUACCUCAGUUUACAGAAACAGUUCCCUACUACUGUCUGUCUAUUACCCAAACGAAACAUGAUGGAAUCUUUUAACGCCACAGUCAUGAAAAAACUCUUUCCUGAUACAAUUAAAGUUGAAGCAGACGAUGAAGUCGACGGCAGAACUAAAAAUGACAAAAAACGGGCAUUAGAUGCAGUUCUGAAGAUUGAUAAAUUGGGUGAUUCUCGAAAUACAGCCGACCUUGAAAAGUGCCUCAUUUUGAGCGAGGGUGUCCGAAUAAUGCUCAGAAAAAACAUUGAUACCGCGAAAGGGCUCGUGAAUGGUGCUAUGGGAAUAGUCAAACAAAUCGUGCGGCAGUCCGACGACCCAAACUCAAUCGUUGAGAAACUUUUAGUGCAAUUUGACGGAGUCGACGGCGAUGUUGCAAUAACGAGGGAUACUCGCAAAGUGAAGUUGUUCGAAGAGUCAUACCUCCAUCGUCGACAGUUUCCUAUCAGCACCGGGUACGCCCUCACCAUCCACAAAGCGCAGGGCAUGUCUCUGAGUCACGUGUUUUGCGAUUUAGGCACUAUGAUCUUUGCAACUGGUCAGAUUUAUGUCGCUUUAAGCAGGUGCAAGACUCUUGAGGGACUUUAUUUGGUAAACAUAGAUGAGUCCCGGAUUAAAGUUGACCAUCUAGCUAUCAAUGAAUAUGUCCGACUAAAGAGUAAGCCAAUUAUAGCAGCAGGUAUAAAUUUCAUGACUGAUGGUCAGCCAGAUUCGAGCAAAAAAGGCAAGAAAAGAAAGCCGAAGAAAAAGACGGAACGCAUCUGGUACGAAACUGACGCAGCAAAAAAAGCAAAGGCGACCUUCGACGAUAUUUUGAAGAAUCACACAGAUGACCAGACAAAAGCUCCUAAGAAAAAGCAGUCCACCAAAUCAAAGAAAAAGAAGCCAACUGCUGAGAGGAACUCCAAUUUAUCUGCAGCUAACAUCAGCACACACAUAAAUCAAAUUCACGCUGGAAUUCCUGACGAAUUUAUUCCAACUGCUGAUAUUGUGAGCGGCUCAGAAAUGAUGGAGGUAUACAGGAGAGCUCUGGUACCCUGUUUUAGAGCCAACUCCCCAAACAGCUUCAUUUUGAGAUCUGCUUUAGAGUUGGACCCCGACCCAUUCAACUGUAGACAGACUCGUGAUCUCUGGUUGACCGGGUCUACCAUUGCAAAGUAUAUUGCGGUGAUCAAAGAUGGUUUGGCUGAGGACGCGGGUCCAACUCUGUACAGUAUGGGACCUUACUGUGGUGCUUAUCGGAGUGUGCGUGGGCGUCGCCGUCAAUCUGGAUUGCUUGAAGAUUUCAUAAGGAACACAUUUGCCGAAAGGCCGUUCACUCGACUUAGACAGUUCAAAGUUCUCCCCUUCACUCCUAGGGAUCACUUAAUACAAUACGGAGAUCCGAUGACGUAUGAUAUAAUUGCUAUGGUCGGCAACCCUGGUAAUCAUUGGUAUACGGUCAUCAUCGACAACAGAAAUCGACAGGUUCUGCACUUUGACUCCCAAAAUUGCUCAACCGUAACCAUGAAAGAUCGUUGCCACUCACAUUUAAGGCUACUUAAAGACUUCCGACAAUACCAGAGAGACAAGCUACCUAUUGUUGUCAAUGGAGAUUUGAAUACUGAUGACUAUACAUUUGUUGAUGGUCAAUCCAGUAUUCAAAGAAAUGGUUAUGACUGUGGCGUCUUCUCUCUGAUGAACAUCGAAAAAUAUAUAACUGCCAGACCAUUCAAUCAUCCUAUAGUACAACCUUUGAUGAAACUAUUUAGACUUAGAAUAUUAGCAAAACUUUAUCACCAAAGUGUCAUAUCAGGAUUAGGGGGUUAAAUGUUCUCAGAAGAUGGAAUCAUUUUUUCACCUUAUCUGCCUUUAAUGAUAUCAUGUAAGAUGGGCUGCUUGUGAUAGCGUAAUGCCUCUCUCGGCUCGCAGUCUGUCAAUUAUUCUUAUUGUGGAAAGUUUCUGGCAACUAAAAAUGUUGUAAUUUGUGUCGGAGCAAAUUGAUAUCAAUUUACGAUUUUGAUGCUAUAUCUGCCUUUAAUGAUAUCAUGUAAGAUGGGCUGCUUGUGAUAGCGUAAUGCCUCUCUCGGCUCGCAGUCUGUCAUUUAUUCUUAUUAUGGAAAGUUUCUGGCAACUAAAAAUGUUUUAAUUUGUUUCGGAGCAAAUUGAUAUCAAUUUACGAUUUUGAUGUAUUAUAAUUCUUCGUGCAAUUUGUUGUUAUUUACUGUUAUUAUGUAAUAUUAUGUUGAUGUUUGUUUUGAUUUAUUUGUUUAUAUUUGUGAUGUUUUAAAUUAUUUCUUGUUGUUGAAUUUUGCAUAAGUAAUAUUUCUUGGUGUUCAGUAAUCUUUUAGAAUGUUUUGUGAUUAUUAUUUCGUAUUUAAAUUUGUUUAUAACGUUACAGAAGGUAUUUAUUUAAUGUAGUUCGAGGAGCCCUAACUCGCAGCCUACGAUGGCGCCUCUUUGUGUUUCACUCAGAUCACGGCCUGCUAUAUUGUUAAUUGUAGUUAUUCCUUUUAUAAUGAUUUACUGUUUAUUACUUCUUGUUAUUCAUAUUGUUUUUUACUACGAAUAGUGA